AUGCCCAGGACCGACGCCCUCGCACCCAUCACGCAUAACGACGCCGAGCGCGAGGUGAUCAGAGACCAUGGGGGUUGGACGGGGUUUACCGCCGCGCACGGGUAUCGGCCCUACGACGACGAGGACGCGCAGGACGCCGAGGCUACGCUGCGCGCGUAUGGGGAGGAGCGUGAGGAGGUGGAUGAGGGGGACGACGGCGAUGGCGAGUUUGAUGGCCCCGACGAUGGCCCCGAUUACGGGGACGACCACGGCGAAGACUACGAUGACGAUGGCGGCGAUCACGGUGGGGACGACUACGACGACUACGACGACGAUGACGGUGACUAUGGCGACUCUGGUGACUAUGACUCCGAUGACUAG